CGCCACUGAAAAUCACCUUUCGACAACGACCAUCAUCAAUGGCGACCUUGACCGUGUCGGCGAAGAUAUCGCCUUUUCCUUUUGCUGCAGUCACGAUAGCAGCGUACACCCAAAGAGCUGAGAUCGUGUACGAUGAGGCGGUUACUGGACCUGUCCUGGGUCUGAAUGGAUCGACCAUCGCCGUCGAGGAAGACAUCGUGCAUGCGUUAUCGAACGCAGGCGGUCUCUCUGAGGAUAGCUCCAAGACGGCUGCGUUUUUCGCACUAGCAAAGACGUUGCUCACGACAACUGCGGUCCCAGAAAUCAUCACGGCCCUGGAUUCACUAGACGACCAUCUUGCAUUUAGGACCUUUCUUGUUGGACAUGAUAUAACUGCAUCGGAUUGGAUCCUAUGGGGGACUUUAAAAGGCAACAUCAAGAUCAUUGGUCUUCUCAAGAACAACAAGCAUACUCACCUGAAUCGAUGGUUCUAUUAUCUGGAGUCGUUAGAAUCUACGCAAGCAGCUCUCGGAGGCUUGACAGCCGCCAAAGCCAACAAGGCUAGAUCUACCAAAGUCGCAGCUGGAUUUACUCUUGGUCUCGAAGGUGCAAAGAUGGGUGAAGUGGUUACUCGCUUUCCUCCUGAGCCAAGCGGCUACUUGCACAUUGGUCAUGCCAAGGCUGCGAUGUUAAAUCAGUAUUUUGCCAAAAUGUACAGGGGAAAGUUGAUCAUUCGUUUUGACGAUACUAACCCCACCAAGGAAACCACUGAGUUCGAGGAUACCAUCCUUGAAGAUCUUUCCCUUCUCGACAUCAAAGGAGACGUGGUCACGCACACUUCUGACUACUUUGAUACCCUGUAUAGCUUGGCCAUCCAAAUGAUCAAGUCUGGUAGAGCAUAUACCGACGAUACUGAACAAGCUCAGAUGCGCGACGAGCGUAUGAAUGGAAUAGCCUCAGCCCAUCGUGACGAUAGCAUUGAAGAAAACCUCAAGCAUUUCGCCGAGAUGACUGCAGCGUCUCCCGAGGGUCUUCGAUGGUGUCUACGAGCCAAACUGAGUGUAGAUAAUCCCAACAAGGCCCUACGCGAUCCAGUCAUAUACAGAUGCAACACACUGCCUCAUCAUCGUACUGGGGAUAAGUGGAAAGUUUACCCCACCUACGAUUUCGCUUGUCCUAUCGUAGACUCCAUCGAAGGCGUUACUCAUGCGCUGAGGACAAACGAAUACCGUGAUCGAAACCCGCAGUAUCGCUGGAUGACCGAAGCGCUAGGCAUCCGUAACGUCCAAAUUUGGGACUUUAGCCGUCUCAACUUCAUCUACACUUUGCUGUCGAAACGGAAGCUGCACCGUUUCGUCAAUACUGGAUUGGUGCGCGGAUGGGAUGAUCCUCGUUUCCCGACCGUCCGCGGUAUACGACGUCGUGGACUGACUGUCGAGGCCCUUCGGCAGUUCAUGCUCCUGCAAGGCCCGUCCCAAGCGAUUGUUUCGUUGGAAUGGGAUUCCAUCUGGGCUAUGAACAAGAAAGUCAUAGAUCCAGUUGCUCCGCGUCAUUGGGCAAUUGUUGAAGCCGGCAGGCAUGUCGCUCUCUGGAUCGUUCCUGUCACCAUCGAAGGCGGACCCAGCGCGUCCGAGGUGAAAAGUCUGCCAAAGCACAAAAAGAACCUUGCCGCUGGCGAAAAGAAGACGGUAUAUUCGUCAAAUAUCCUUAUCGAUCAGGAGGACGCGCGCUCGUUCGAAGACCAGGAGGAGGUUACUCUUAUGGACUGGGGCAAUGCCAUCGUUCGGUCGAAAACGACCAGCGGAUCAGGUCAGGUCAUCUCCAUCGAAAUGGGUCUUCAUCUCGAUGGUGACUUUAAGAAGACCAAAAAAAAGAUUACGUGGCUCUCCCAACCUACUUCCGAGAACCCUUUGAUCCCGGUCACACUCCUUGACUACGACUACCUGAUCACAAAGAAGAAGCUCGAGGAGAACGACGACGUGAAUGACUUUAUCACGCCCGUAACCGAAUUCCGCGAGGCUGCUGUAGCUGAUGCGAACGUCAAAGACCUGAAGAAGGGCGAUUACAUGCAAUUUGAGCGGAAGGGGUAUUUCGUCUUUGAUGGUGAAGGGACAGAUGGGAGGUUGGAGUUUAUCAAAAUUCCGGAUGGGAAGGCUGCGGGUUUAGCUAGCAAGGCGACACCCAUAUCAGCGACACCUGUCGCAGAAGAGCCGCCAACUAAGAUGUAUAAGAUGGAGAGUGUUUAUGGGUCUAAUGUUACGCCAGAGGCUGAUACGAAGAUGUACAAGGUGGAUAGUAUCUACAGUCCGUAGGACUUACAUGAUAGUCACCGUGACUCGGAUGUCGUACUGGAAACACCUUUAAACUUUGACAGACUGGAAGUAAGAAUCACGGUAUGCAUGAGUUGAAUAUCUUUGAAUGAGUUCAAUGGUCACUGGUCACCACUGGUCAAUGUUAGAAGAAGCGAAGCAGAAUAAG